AUGGGGUAUCUGCGACAGUAUCAAGUUACAUUGGCAUGUUCCCUCGGCAACUUCAUCAUAGGCAUAAUUUUUGUCUGGCCAUCUUAUACAUUAAAACUAUAUACAUCUGCUAAUACCACCUUGCUGGACGAACCGCUGUCAGACAUGCAGAGUGCGCUGGUGGGCAGUUUACCCAGCCUAGGGGCUAUGGUCAGUACCAUGUUUGCUGGGGUCAUGCUGAACACUCUUGGAAGGCAAAAAGUUGGCUUGUGCGUUGCUAUGCCCUUCUUGCUCUCGUGGUUAUUGAUCGACCUCAGUUCGUCGGCUACAUUGCUACUCCUGGGCAGAUUUCUAUCAGGCCUGGCAUGUGGAGUAUGUUUUGUCCUAGCCCCUGUGUUCAUAUCCGAAAUCGCUGAUCAAUCGAUUCGGGGAUCGCUCGCUGCUGCACCUACAGCAUUCUACUGUUUCGGAGUAUUAAUGUCAUUUGUGAUGGGCUGGACGCUGUCUUUCAAGUACAUAAUUUGGACAAAUAUAUUCAUCUGUGUACUUUAUGCUGCUCUAAUAUUAUCAGUGAAAGAGAGCCCUGUGUUUUUACUGAUGAAAAAUAAUGAAGAGGAGGCAAGGAAGUCUAUAGCAUAUUACAAAGGAAUGUCCGUGGACUCAAAACCAGUGUUGGCAGAAUUGUCGAGACUAAAACAACAAUUGAUGCCAGCCUUUGAGCUUAUGACUGUAACAGCUGAUGGGAAAAUAGAUGAAGCAGAGAAGGAAAAGCUCAAUCCACACCAAGCUGAUGUUAACACAGAGAAAAUGCCACCCUUCAAGAUGUUGUUAUUUUCUGCGACAUCAAGACGUGCGUUUACCGUUGUGGCAAUCACAAUUUCAUUUCAAGUUAUGAUGGGUAUGGUGGCAGUCCAAGUGUACGCGGAGGAAAUAUUUCAGCGUGCAGCUCCAAGUCUCUCUUCGGACAUGUGCUCAGUCCUCUUCGCUCUUGUACUAUUGUCCGGUUGUCUCUCUUGCGCAUUUUUCUCCGAUAAAUUUGGAAGAAAGCCCCUCAUCAUUGGAUCUUCCGUGGGCGUGACGCUGUGCCUCCUUAGCAUGGCCUUCUUGAUGCAGACCAACAUUGGACCAGCUUGGGUGAUUGCUGUAUUGAUCCUGGUCUUCUGUUUCUCAUUCAUGUUUGGAGCUGGAUCGGUGCCUUAUGUUCUACUGGCGGAGGUACAAAACCUCGCAUCAAUGCUCCUACUGGAACUUGUCUGGCUUCUCAACUUCGGUCUGGUUGGAGUUUUCCCCUUCAUGAUCAAGUUCUUAGGCAUCCACGGGUCCUUCUACUUCUUUGCCGUAUUUGGAGUAUUGGACGUCCUGGCUGGAAUCUUUUUGGUCCCGGAGACAAAAGGACUAUCACGAGAACAAAUACAGGAGGCUUUACAGGGGAGAAGAAAAACAUAA